AUGGCAUCACCAACAAGGAGGGUCGGCACCAGCAACUCGGAGAUCCCAGAGUUCCCGGUGGGCCCCGCCGGCCGGCCGGUGCCGGCCGUGGGGCUCGGCACGGCAUCGUUCCCGUUCGUGGAGGAAGACGUCAGGGCCGCCGUCCUCGCGGCACUGGAGCUCGGGUACCGCCACCUCGAUACCGCUUCGCUCUACCGCUCCGAGCGUGCCGUCGGCGACGCCGUGGCCGAGGCGGCGCGGCACGGGAUCGUGGCGUCCAGGGAGGAGGUGUUCGUGACGACCAAGAUGUGGUGCUCGCAAUCCCACCCGGAGCUCGUGCUACCUUCCCUCAAGGAGAGCUUGCAGAACCUUCAAAUGGAUUAUGUUGAUUUGUACCUGGUUCAUUGGCCGGUGGCUGCAAAGCCCGGAGAGCCACAAUUCCCGAUUAAAAGGGAGGAAAUCAUGCCCAUGGACCUAAGCGGUGUAUGGCGUGCGAUGGAGGAAUGCCAUCGGCUUGGCCUUGCUAGAAUGAUUGGUGUCAGCAAUUUCACAACAAAAAAGCUUCAAGAGCUACUGGCCAUUGCUGAAAUUCCCCCGGCAGUAAAUCAGGUUGAAAUGAAUCCAAUUUGGCAGCAAAAAAGGUUAACCAAGUUCUGCAAAGAUAAGGGAGGCCAAAGCAUGUCUAAGGCCAAUCCAGUACUGCAGUCUGAGGUUCUGCAAGAGGUUGCAAAGGCUAGAGGAAAGUCAGUGGCUCAGAUUUCGCUGAGAUGGAUCUACGAGCAAGGCGCUAGCAUGGUUGUCAAGAGUUUCAAAAGGGAUAGACUCAAGGAGAACAUGGAAAUCUUUGAUUGGGAACUGACCAACGAAGACCGGCGUAAGAUUAGUCAGAUAUCACAACAGAAGAGGGUCACGGUGUUGGGGAUCCUCUGCCCAGAUGGUGUCUCCAGCGUGGAUCUUGCUGAGCUUGAUAUUGUUGAAAUGUAG